AUGAACAAACCUUUACGAAUCAAACACCCAAUCUUUAGAAUUGCUAAUAGUGCUUUAGUAGAUUUACCAGCACCUAUUAAUAUUUCAGCUUGAUGAAAUUUUGGAUCUUUAUUAUUUUUAUGUUUAAUAAUUCAAAUUUUAACUGGUUUAUUUUUAGCAAUACAUUAUACUGCAGAUAUUAAUUUAGCUUUUAAUAGAGUUAAUCAUAUUUGUCGAGAUGUAAAUUAUGGAUGAUUACUACGAACUAUACAUGCUAAUGGUGCAUCAUUUUUCUUUAUUUGUAUUUAUUUACAUGUAGGACGAGGAAUUUAUUACGGAUCAUACUUAUUUACUCCAACUUGAUUAGUAGGAGUAAUUAUCUUAUUUUUAGUUAUAGGAACAGCAUUUAUAGGAUAUGUUUUACCAUGAGGUCAAAUAUCUUUUUGAGGAGCUACAGUUAUUACUAAUUUAUUAUCAGCCAUUCCUUACCUAGGUAUUGAUUUAGUUCAAUGAGUAUGAGGAGGAUUUGCUGUAGAUAAUGCUACAUUAACUCGAUUUUUUACAUUCCAUUUCAUUUUACCAUUCAUUGUAUUAGCUGCAACAUUAAUUCACAUUUUAUUUUUACAUGAAACUGGRUCAAAUAACCCUAUAGGAUUAAAUUCUAAUAUUGAUAAAAUUCCAUUCCACCCAUACUUCACUUUCAAGGAUAUUGUAGGAUUUAUCGUCAUAACAAUAAUUUUACUUCUAUUAGUAUUAAUUAAUCCUUACCUUUUAGGAGAUCCUGAUAAUUUUAUUCCUGCUAAUCCAUUAGUAACACCAGUUCAUAUUCAACCAGAAUGAUAUUUCUUAUUUGCUUAUGCUAUUUUACGUUCAAUUCCUAAUAAAUUAGGAGGAGUAAUUGCUCUAGUUCUUUCUAUUGCAAUUUUAGCUAUUUUACCAUUUUAUCAUUUAAGAAAAUUCCGAGGAAUUCAAUUUUACCCUAUUAAUCAAAUUUUAUUUUGAGUAAUAGUAGUAACAGUAAUCUUAUUAACAUGAAUUGGAGCUCGACCAGUUGAAGAACCUUAUGUUUUAGUAGGACAAAUUUUAACUGUAGUUUACUUUGCAUAUUUCAUAUUUAAUCCUUUAAUUAUUAAAUGAUGAGAUAAUUUAUUAAAUUAG